UGUGCUAGGUUUAGCGAAGGGUGUGCGACUUCUCUCGUUCAUGUUGGCAGCCGACACUCGGACACUCUAGCGUCUGAGAAAUCCCCUUUUAUCGUUCGUACAGCCAUGAAGAACGCAGCAGGGCUUUCGACGACAUUUGUUUUGCGGCUAUAGCGGGAAUUAGGGCCUUCGUGCAGGCCGGGAGAACGGAAUUCGAGAGCGAAUGUCAGAAUGGGUCUCCUCACCAUCAUCCGAAAGAACAAACUCAAGGAGCGCGAAUUACGCAUCCUCUUUCUCGGCCUUGACAAUGCUGGCAAGCACAAUUAAAUUGAGCCUGGACUCAUUUGAUGUGGACAUUGACACAUUAUUAUCGUCACGCUUUCCCUACGCACCCACCUCCAGGCAAGUCUACGGUAAUUAAAAAAAUCAAUGGCGAGCCCAUCGAUGAAAUUAGCCCAACGCUCGGCUUCAACAUAAAGACUUUCAUUCACAAAGGGUACACGUUGAAUAUAUGGGACGUCGGCGGCCAGCGCACGCUAAGGCCUUACUGGCGCAAUUACUUCGAGCGCACAGACGCCAUCGUCUGGGUUGUCGAUUCCGGCGAUGUGGAGCGCAUGAAGGACUGCAAGACCGAGCUUUGGGGGCUAUUGGGCGAAGAGAGACUGGCUGGUGCAACUAUUCUUGUGCUUGCCAAUAAGCAGGAUAUCGCCGGCUCAAUGACGAGCGAGCAGAUUCGGCAAAGCCUGGCACUGGGCGACAUCAAAUCGCAUGCUUGGCGAAUACAGCCUUGCUCCGCUGUGACGGGGGAGAACCUGCUCACGGGCCUCGACUGGAUGAUCGACAACGUCUCAUCGCGAAUAUACGCUUACGGUGCUAUUGAGGCAGGGUAACGUUUGGGAGCAACAGAUGUAGGAGAGUAGCCUACCUCUUUGGCGCUUUCGAAGGGGACGAUGCGUCCAAGGCACAGCGAGGACAUAGCAUGACGAAGAUUUGAGCCUGGUUCGCUCGUCACACCUGCGGGAGAGUUGCAGAUCGUGUAAUUUGUUGCACAGUUUCCAAGCGCCUGUCGAU